AUAACUUUCCGUUGUUCCGUUCCACAAUUACGUCGUAUGCGUCGACUAGCGGUCUACCGUAUUCCGGCCACAAUGAUCUUCUCAGCAGAACAGUUGCAAGUAUUCCGACUAUCUAUCAUUGGUGGACGUUCAAAUGCGCCAGCAUCACUAAAAUUGCGUCCAUUCCGCGAAUGGCUUGACGCUGAUCAACUUGGCAAUAAGCUCUGCAUACAAUUCUGCUGA